GUGUCCUCGGUUCUCGUCUGUGAUUGGAUAAAGCGGAACAUCUGAUUUAAAGUGAAAGUACACUCAUUCACGGUUCUGCUGAACGCUGCUGUGUUUCAGCGGUUUACGCUUGUGAGAACAGUGUGCAGUGCUGAUGGUGGUGUUGUCUCCUCAGAUAUGCGGUACUCCAGCGUUCAUCAUCAUGUCGUGUUCUUACUCAGCUUCGCAUCCAUCACUGUACUAACGCUGGAUUUCACAUCUGUAAAGGCGAAGCUUCAUCAGUCUGUUGACCUCACCUGUGAACACGAGUGUUCUGGGUUGGUAAAAUGGGUCAUGGGUAACCAGCAAGAACUGCUGGCUCAUUGUAAUCAGACAUCCUGUAGCUCAAACAAGGGAUAUCAAAUCUCCCAUCAUCAAAAGAGGAACGUCCUCACCGUCAUGGAAGCUGAUUACACCAAGAGGACCUUCUUUGCCUGUGAGUGCAACACUGAAGACAUCUGUCAUGUCCGGCUCUGCAUCGAGCCUGUGAAGUCAUCAGUUCAGCUUAAUCCUGGUGAAGAUCUGAUCCUGAUGUUGCCCGUACCAGAGCCAGUGGAGGUGAUUUAUAAUAGCAGCGGUUCACAUGAACAGAUCUGCACUGUGGUUAGCAGACUGCAGUGUAAAGAUGAAUACACUCAGAGAGUAUCACUCCGUUACCCGAACCUCACACUGGAACGGCUAAAUGUGUCUGACAGCGGAGAUUACACCGUUCGGGACAUUAAGAACGAUGAAGUUAUUCACGUGUACACCGUGUUUGUGGAAGGCCCAGAUACACCCAAAGAGCAGACGAGUGCUGUACCAGCAUGGGUGAUUGGACUGAUGGUGGUACUGAUGGUGUUGGUUGGUGGUGGUGUAGCAGUGAUUAUGUACCCGAGGAGAAGAAAGGUGAUGUUACAGCAGAGCGAGCAUUCAACAGGAUGGUAGUGGCUGACCUAGUGAAGUGGUGCGAGGACAACAGUCUCUCCAUAAAAGUUAACAAAACAAAGGAGAUGGUUGUUGAUCCACAGAAGGAGGAGGGAGCAGUAGUCAGCACUCCACGUUGGUGAGCCAGAGGUGGAGAGAGUGAAUACUUUCAAAUUCCUUGUGUUCACAUCACAGAGGAUCACACCUGCUUUCACAACACUGCACACCUCUGCAGAAUCCUCAGCAGCUUCUACAGGUGUACAAUUGAGAGCAUCCUCAGCAGCUCCAUCACAGUCUGGUUUGGAAGCUGCACAGGUCAGGACUGUAAGACUCUACAGUGGAACAGCCUUACCAGGCCAGGGUCACCAAGAGGGUGCACAACAUCAUUAAGCAUUAAGGACAAUAGCCUCCCUCAACACAGCCUAUUCACACUCCUACCAUCAGGCAGACGCUACAGGAGUGCAAAAGCAAGGCUGAACACACACAUUUACAUGAGAACAC